AUGCGGUUCUUGUGGACGAUUUUGGCCGCUUUUAUAAGUAAGGCCGUUUUUUAUAGUGUCAUUCUUUUUUCAGCAUUUAAUUUUUCGGCAAAAAAAAAUUUUAAGCUUUUAUAUUCAUAAAAUAUUUUUAAAUCUUUAAAAAGCUUUGUUUUAAAACUGCACGGUGCAAUCACAAAAAUAAAAAACUGCACCGUGCAAAGAAUUUCAAAGCCUUGUUGCAACCCAAUUUUUAAACUGAAGUAAACAUUAAUUUGGUGUUGUAUGUAGAAUAAGACGUCGGUUUGAUGUCUUAAAACAAAAUUUUAAAAAUUUUUGGUUUUCACGGCUUUUUUUGAGUUUUUAAUUUUUUGCACGGUGCAAUCCCCAAAAUUGGGAGAAUUUGCACCGUGCAAGCUUUAAAAAGUCAUUUUCGGUUUAAAAACGUCAUUUUAAGCCAAAAAUCGUAGCUUAGGGUUAAACUGACAUUUUAGGCUUAAAGUGUCAUGUUAAGCUUAAAAAUGCCAUUUCAGGCGACUAUAGGACAGUGAACGGGCUGGAUUGCUAUGGCUGUACGAACAAAGUCAAUAGAAGUAGUAUCAAUCAAGAAUCCUGUUUUAGAGACAGUGUCCGAGAUUCAUGGUGCAUGUACAAGUGCCAAUCUCAAUAUACAGUACAUACGGACUACAAUACAACAUUACGUGAGUUAUAUUGAGGUUUUAAACUUUUAUGGCAAAAAAUGUGUCAUUUAAGACCUAAAUUGUCAUUUUAGGCUUAAAAAUGUGCUUUUAGGCUUAAAAUGUCAUUUUAGGCUUAAAAAUGUGACUUUAGGCUUAAAAUUUCAUUUUAGGCUUAACAAUGUAAAUUUAGGCUUACAAAUGUCAUUUUAGGUUUAUAAAUGUCUCUUUAGGCUUAGAAAUGUUAUCUCAAGCCUAAAAAAAUCAGUUUUAGUUUUAAAAAUGCCAUUUUAUUUUAAAAUUUUUUGAAAUUUCAGCUGAACUUCAAGGUAUUCAAAGAUAUUGUCAGGUAAGUGUAGCUUUUAUGGUUUGUAAAGAAAGUUUUUGCAAUUUUUUGAUUUGUAAAAAAAGUUUUUGUCAUUUUUUGUUCUGUAAAGAAAGUUCCUGCCAUUUUUUGUUUUGUAAAGAAAGUUUUUGCCAUUUUUUGUUCUGUAAAGAAAGUUCCUGCCAUUUUUUGUUUUGUAAAGAAAGUUUUUGCCAUUUUUUGUUUUGUAAAGAAAGUUCUUGCCAUUUUUUGGUUUGUAAAGAAAGUUAUUGCCAUUUUUUGGUUUGUAAAAAAAGUUCUUGCUAUUUUUCUUCAAAAACAUCAUUUCAGGACUCAACAACACCCAAAAAUGGCACGAUUGUCUCGAAAACAGAAGGAAUAGCACACCUAAACCAAACCACAUGCAUCUGCAACCAGCCCUUUUGCAACAAAGCCCCGGGGCUGUUCUCGUCGUUCCUCGGAACCGCAUUUCUCAUCCUAAUUUGGGUUAUCGUGUACUGA